GCUUCCGGGGAAACGGGCCCCGGGUUGGUGUUUGUAAACUUGCCUCGGUCCCGGCGCGGGCAGCGGCGGCCGCGGACUUGGCACCGGGUGCUUGGGGCCUGGAGGAGGCGCCGCGCGGCGGAGGAGACGGCGAGAGGCCGCGCCUGGCAGGUUCCUGGAGCAGACCUAGAACUUCACCAAGAAAAUUCACCUGGGAAACCAAGACUGAUAGACUUUCAUUCCUUCAGACAAUAGGCAGAAGUCAGAGACCUCAGAUUUUUGCAAUACCUGUUUUCCCUUUGGAGGACACUAAAUUCUUUGAGAAGACAAAGACAGUUCAAUAUGGCAACUGAACUCAAAGAACAGGAAGGAGCCAUUACUGUGAUUUGGUGACAGUUCUUCAAACAACUUAAGGAAAGCUGGAUAAAGAACUUCUGAACUUUUGGGUUCGUUAGGUGAAAAACCAGCAUGGCUCAGGUAAAAAGUUCACUCUAGAGUCCUCCUUCAAGAUCAUUCACUGGGAAGCCUGUUUGCAAUGUCACUCUUGAAUUCUGCCUUAGUCAACAGUAUUGACCAUCCCCAGUGAGCCGAGCUCUGUAUUAAACACCAGGGGGAGAUCUAGAGGAAGGAAAGGAGACAGGCCUCCCUGCCUUCAGGGAGCUUCCAGUCAAAUGAAGGAGGAAUUUUAUUGAGCUCCUGUUCCAUGCAAGGCAUUGUGCUUGGAAUACAAAGAUGAAUAAGAUUGUCCUUGUCCCCAGCAAGUCUUCUGGCUUGUGAAGGCCUAGCAGGUGUGAGUUUGGUUCCCACUGCAGCCAGCAAGAAGAUGAUGCUGAGCCAGAUUGCCAGCAAGCAAGCCGAAAAUGGCGAGCGGGCAGGUAGCCCUGACGUGCUGAGAUGCUCGAGUCAGGGCCACCGAAAAGACAGUGAUAAAUCCCGGAACCGCAAAGAUGAUGACAGCUUGGCUGAGGCUUCUCAUUCAAAAAAGACUGUUAAAAAGGUGGUGGUAGUGGAACAAAAUGGCUCUUUUCAAGUAAAGAUUCCCAAAAAUUUUAUUUGUGAACACUGCUUUGGAGCUUUUAGGAGCAGUUACCACCUCAAGAGGCACAUCCUUAUCCACACAGGUGAGAAACCGUUUGAGUGUGAUGUAUGUGAUAUGCGUUUCAUCCAGAAGUACCACCUUGAACGCCACAAGCGUGUACAUAGUGGUGAAAAGCCUUACCAGUGCGAACGAUGUCAUCAGUGUUUUUCUCGGACAGACCGACUACUCAGACACAAACGGAUGUGCCAAGGAUGCCAGUCCAAGACAUCUGAUGGUCAGUUUUCUCUAUAGACACGGGAGCCCUAGGUGGUGGGAGUGAUGAGAGGAGUCCACCCAAGAGCACGCCCCUCUGCUCUGUUGGCCCCACCACCGCUCCCUCUGAACCUGUCCCCCUUCCUGGAGGAGUGGCCCCAGGUGAGCAGAAGAGAGAGCAUCAGAGGACAGCAGCUCCAGAGCCUCAGCUCUGUAAAUAGUCUGUGACUAUGCGUAUCUCGGGAAAGUUCCUACGGCAUUCCUGGGCAGGGGAGCUGGUCCCUGGACCCUUAGCUGAGGUCAUAGGUGGGGACUCAAAGGUACAGGACCAAGACUCAAGUGUUCCCACAACCUUGGACUGGAACUGGCAGCUGAAACAAAAAGGACUGAGGAGGGGCAUUUAUUUGUUCUGCUCUUGUUUUUGUUUAUCCAAAAGCAAUUACAGCAGGUAAACAGAGGACACAGGUAAUCUGGAGAUGCAAAGUCCUUUUAAGCAAAGCAAGGACUGUGGCUGGUCCAGCCAUUUUUUGUUACCGUAGGCCUUUGGUGUUCCACAUCCCUGCUUGGGCUGGCAGCUCAGCUUACUCGGACUUCUUAAACACUGUGAGGACAAAAGGAGAAACAUGG